UGGGAAAGAAGUCGGCAUUAAUAUUUUCAAAAUGGCGACCUCCUGUGUUUCGAUUGCAGCAAAAAGAUUUCAAGGAAUCAAACGCGCAAGGGAAACUUUAAAGCUAAUUGAGAGCAUCUCUAGAGGUUAUGCACAAGUGUCGAUUGCAGGUUUACCAUCCUUUGUGAAAGUUGUCGAGGUUGGCCCAAGAGAUGGUCUACAGAAUGAGAAAGAGUUAGUUGCAACUUCAGCCAAGAUAGAACUUGUUAAUAGACUCUCCCAGGCAGGUCUUCCAAGCAUUGAAGUCACAAGUUUUGUUUCACCAAAGUGGAUACCACAAAUGGCAGAUCAUAGUGAAGUACUGAGAGGUAUUGAGAGGAGUCCAGAUAUUGUCUACUCUGCAUUGACCCCAAAUCUGAAAGGAUUUACCGCUGCAUUAGAAGCUGGAGUUAAUGAGGUUGCAAUUUUUGGGGCUGCAUCAGAAAGUUUUAGCAAGAAGAACAUUAACUGUAGUAUUGAAGAAAGUCUACAAAGAUUUGAUGCGGUAAUGAGUGCUGCCAAGUCGGCUAAUAUACCUGUAAGAGGAUAUGUAUCGUGUGUUCUAGGCUGUCCGUAUGAAGGAGACAUUGCUGUAGAAAAAGUUUCAGAGGUUUCUAAGUCACUGUAUGAUAUGGGAUGUUACGAGGUAUCACUUGGAGAUACUAUAGGAGUUGGUACACCUGGCGCGAUGAAGAAUUUGAUCUCGGAGGUCUCCAAAGUGGUACCUGUACAAAAACUAGCAGUUCAUUGUCACGAUACGUAUGGGCAGGCGCUGGCUAAUAUUUUAGCAGCUUUACAGAUGGGUGUUAGUGUUGUGGACAGUUCUGUGGCAGGUCUUGGAGGAUGUCCAUACGCCAAGGGAGCCAGUGGAAAUGUGUCAACAGAAGAUGUUGUCUAUAUGUUACAUGGUCUAAAUAUCAAAACCGGUAUAAAUAUACAGAAGCUAAUAGAGGCAGGGCAGUUUAUAUCCCGAAUUCUAGGACGGCCGACGCAUUCCAAAGUGGCUCAGGCAACCAAAUCUUCAUUAUGAGAAACAGGAUUUGUCACUAUUGAGAGUGUGUUUGAAUUGACAGCAAAGAUUGAUCUAGAAGUUACAGAUUUGAAACACAUUUUCUUAGAACAGAACUGAAAAUGUACUUUCUGUGCAGUUCUCGCCAAUUAGAUCAAUGGUGUCGCUAUGAGGCGCUCCCUGCACUCGGUGUAUACAGAAAUGUGAAAUUUUUGUUGUAUGAGUGAUAAAGUAAUAUGCAUCUAAACGACAAACAAUGAUUUUAUUCCAGAGCAAAUCACUGUUUGAGAUAUAUUAUUUCGAUUCAAGGAUUAUUAUGUACAUCCUGGACGAUAUCCAUCAAAUAAAUGCCCGUUUGUAAAUCCUUGUAGGGAAGGUCAGUGACCUACAAGGGAUAUGACAGUAACAUACUAUCUACUAUAGUGUAAACAUUUUCAUCUUUUAUAGAUUAGGGGGUCAAAGUUAAAGGUCAAAUUUACCUUGAAGCUGGAAAUUAGAUAUUUGACCUCAUUUUAACAGUCAUUCAUUGUGGGAUGUGUGUUUUAGAAACAACGUGUGGUUUGAAUGUUGUAUUUUGGUGCAGUUUGCAGUUUCAGAAGAUUUGAGUAACUUGUCCAGUAUUUAACCCAAUCUGAACUAGGAACAGUGUUGACUUGCUAGUCUUUCUUGCAAGCAUUUACAGAACUUGUGCAUCAUUUAGUGGUAAUAGAUUUACUUAAGUGUUGUAUAAGUACGUGUAUACUUUAAUGUUUUGAUUUGGAAGGCAUUUUUAACUGUGAUAAUUUUACUGUUAAUGAUUAUUAGAUAAUUUUGUUUUAAUGUAUAGUCCAUUUGAAAGAUUAAAAAAAAAAAAAUUAAAUUAUUGAACUAUUUAUUAUCAUACAUCAUAUUUAUUUUCUUUCAAGUUAAGCUUAGCAAAAACUGGGAGCAAUUUUCCCAAUUUGAAGUGAAUUCUUCAGAGGUUUCGGUUUUAGAGAAAUCUUGUGCCUGAAAAUCUCGACCACUAUACAAUGUCCAGUAUUGUUACUGGACUACUGUAAAAUCAGUUAAUUUUGUGGGCAUGAAAUUUUGUGGUUUUGGUCAAAACUGCAAUUUCGUGGGGAUCGGAAUUCGUGGAUUUCAAUUUUUGAACAUAAAUGUGAAGUUUACUUGUUCGUUGGGAUUAAAUUUUGUGGAUUGACUCAACCAUGAAAUCCACGAAAAUUAGUCCCCCAGGAAUAUUAAUGAUUUCACAGUAUAUAAAUUGCUGGUCCGUCUUAUACCUUGCAGGUUAAUUGUCAUAACUAUUGGCCAAGGUCUGAAGUUUUGUCUAGCCACACUUUGUGUCAAAUUUUGGAAAAUUUAAAAGAAUACAUUUUGUCAAAUAUUUA